GUUGAACGAGACUGGAUUUUGUUGGCCCAGGGCAGUGUCCGGUGGCUUACAUGAACUUAUAUUAGCAGAGAAUUUUUGGUUGAGAUAAAUUCUUUACGUUGGAACAAGAGUCAUGUAGUGAAUUUCUGUAAAACAUUGCUCAGUAUCUAUUGGAAGAUAAAUUAUACCAACAUAAUGAUCUACAGUUUCUUUUAUUUGUUUGUUGUGGUUAAUACAAAAGGUAGGAAAAUUUUUCUGCAGACUAUUGCACAUGUAAUGUUGGCUUUGCCAACAUCAAAAUUUAUAAAUCAAUGAAUUGUUAUAUCUGUAACACAAAUUAGCAUUACAACAGUGAACCUCCAACCAUAGUAUAACAAUGCCAGUAAACGCUCUUGAAGGUGUAGAGAGUUACUGAAGAUUCUGGUACAUUCUUUCAUGCACAUAACGCAAUUUCACUAUGGCCAGAAGGAAUACGCUUGAAAUUGAAUAUCUGCAAUGUUCCCCACACUGCAUAAGAAAUGCCGAUCAUUUCAGUGCCACGAAAAGAAGUUAUGAAAAGAAAGCCGAACUUACUAAACGUAAUCAUACGCCUGUCACAGACAUAAAACUAGUUUAAAUCCUACUUACUGCCUCCUAAUUCCACGUAUACUGACCCUUUCGUAUAUUACAUAGGAAGGCUUUUGGUGACAGUUUCCUAACAUUGGCAUUUACCGAAGAUACAGGCACAGUUGAUCACGUGAUCAUUGUUUAUCAGUUCAGGGAGGAAAGGAUUUGUAGCACCUCAAGUGAAAAAGAAUUGCUUUGAAAGUUGUACAUUAUGGCCGCCUUCGGUGCAGUAAUUGUUCAAGUAUUGUCAUUGAUUAGGAAACUUUUAAUUCAAAGGAAAAACCAGUUACUUUCAGUAAAUGAUGUGGAGUGUUUCCUUGAAGAACUGGAUGGAUUGUCACCCUGGACACGAGGAGGACUUCAUUUUCCUUCCUUCAUCAUAAUGGAUGUACAGUUCCUCUAUCACACUCAAGGUUUUCCUCAGAAGGUGUUGCUGGGGAUGGGUGUUUCCGCUCUUGAAAUAGCUGACGUGGUUGUCGUGAGGUACACUGAUGGGGAGCAGUACAGGGUGCUCAGAAUUUCGCAUCAAGCGUUAGUGGAGUUCUGUGACAGAACAAGAAGGAUGUUGUCGCUCAGUCUUUAUAGACACAUAUCACUGAAGCGCCGGCUGUUGGCAAAAGAGGAGGAACUGAUGGGAUACAAGGAAAGAAGGGACUGCGUCGAGAAGAAGCUAUCGGAACUGAAAGCGGCUCUGGUCCGAAGAGAGGCAGAAUUUAUGGCUGUGAAGAGAAGCCUAGAAGAGAGAAAUGCAUUUCUGCAGCAAGACUUGAAAGCAAUAAAAUCUGAAGCACAGGAGGGGUUUAGUUCCCUUAAAGAGCAUUUAAAUCAUGAAAGAUGGAAAGUGCAAAAUAUGAACGAACAUCUGAGAGAAAGAAAGAAUCAAAUUGAAGAUUUGCAUAACGAGCUGCUACAAAGGCCACCAAGAGAUUAUGCUGUAAAACAAUUGCAGGAAUAUGAAAGAAUCAUAAAAGAACAGGGAAAUGUGAUCAAGGAACUGACCAUGAAAUUAAGUCAACAAGAAGUGGUUGCUCCGAAUGAACUGACAUCCAAGGAUUUACUGUUGCAAGACCUGGAAGAAGCUUUUAAAAAAAAGGCCAGAGAUAGUAGAAUCUUGGCGGACGAGGUUGUAGUGAAGCAGAGAGAAAUCAACAAACUGAAAAGAGACAAGGAAGAGUUGAGAGACGAUAUUCUUGCUCUACAACGUAAAGUUAAGGAACGUGAAUCUGAUAUUUCUGCUCUGACCAUGGGGAGUAGGCUGUUAAAUACGAAGGUGUCGGAGCAGGAGAAGAAGAUAUCUGAAAUGAACACAGAAAAGGUAGAGUCGUGUGAUAAUUGUUUUGCUCUACAACGUGAAGCGAAGGAACGUGAAUCUGAUAUUUCUGCUCUGUCCACGGAGAAUAAGCAGUUAGUUAUGAAGGUGUCAGAGCUGGAGAAGAAGAUAUCUGAAAUCAACUCAGAAAGUAUGUAUGUUCUUAUUAUAUUGAUGUACUAA